UUUGUUGAGUUUGUUUACAUGCGCAAUGAGAGCAAGCUAGAAAAAUUAAAGAAAUCAUAGUUAUCAUUUUGUUUAAAACCGUGGUGCAGCCAUGGGGAAGUCAUUUGCUAAUUUUAUGUGCAAGAAAGAUUUCCAUCCUGCGUCGAAGUCAAAUAUCAAGAAGGUAUGGAUACAAGAACAGAAACUCACCUUCGAAAAAAAGAAACAGGAGGAACUGAUGCAGGCCUAUCUGAAAGAGCAGGAGACCUACAACAACAGAGUCCUGAUGGGAGAUGAUCGUGUGAAAAAUGGGCUGAAUUUCAUGUAUGAGGCUCCACCUGGAGCAUCAAAAGAGGAAAAGAAAGAGGAGGGCGAUGAAGAGUACAAGUUUGAAUGGCAAAAGGGAGCUCCUCGAGAGAAGUACGCAAAAGAUGAUAUGACUAUUAGGGAUCAACCAUUCGGAAUCCAGGUCCGCAAUGUGAGGUGCAUCAAAUGUCACAAAUGGGGCCACGUGAACACAGACAGAGAGUGUCCACUCUUUGGGCUGUCGGGGAUCAAUGCCAGUCAUAUGGCAUCAGAUGAUGGAGCAGGUCCAUCGAUGCACCCCUCCGAGUUAAUGGCGGAGAUGCGAAACAGUGGGUUUGCCCUGAAAAAAUGUGUCCUUGGUAGGGAUGCGACUGUUUGUGAUCCAGCGCAGGAAUUUGUUGCUAGUGAAGAAGAGGAGGAUCCAGAGGUGGAAUUUUUAAAGUCAUUAACAUCAAAGCAAAAACAGAAGCUUCUCAGAAAACUCGACCGCCUUGAGAAACACAAGUCCAAGAAGAAAAAGAGCAAGAAACAAAAGAAGAAGAGCAAAAAGAAACACAAGAAAAAGGCGGACAGCGGCGACUCUGAUUCCGACAGCAGUAGCGACAGUGACAGCAGCAGUGACACUAGCGCCGACUCCAGCCCCAAGAAGAAGAAAAGUAAGAAGAAAACAUCCCGUCGAGACAGCAGCUCCGAAAGGCACACCAAGGGCCACAAAAAGUCCUCUUCUCACAGGGGCAGGUCACUGAGCCCGCGCACCCAUCACAACGCGGCCCAUUACCAACAAAGGACAGACAGGGCAAGCAGUCCAGUGAACAAGCAACAGGGAGGUCAGGACAAGCAGAGAGGUAAGAGGAGCGGAAGUAAAGACGACAACAGGCACCACAGAGACACUGACGGAAGGAGAGACAGGCCAGAAGACGGGAUGAGAAAAGACAGGGGAAGGAGCAGGAGUCGAGAUAAAAAGGAGUGCAGAGAGGACAGGAGUAAGAGCAGAGAAAGACAGAGGGAUAAAGAAGAUUCAAGGAGAGGUAGAAGUAGGAGCCAGGACAGAAGGAGGGAUAGAAAGAACAGGAGCAAGAGUAGGAGCCCAUGGAGAAGGGAACGUAGUCCAGACAGAGAAAAAAGAAAACGCUAACAGUUUUGGUGUUGAGAAAUUCUGUUAUUUCGCAUCUCGCAUACUACCACUACCAAAGUACCAAAUUGAUCCUCCUACAGUUUCCCCGCAUGAAGAUUAGAUCGUCGUACCUCUGUUCACCAGUAGAGGGAAGCAGUCCACAGACAAUGUAGUUAGGUAGGCCGUAGCAGUCCGGUUUCUCCUGCUGUGUAAAUUAAUUUAUGUCAGAGGCAAUUCAAUGCCUUAACGCGUAAAUUUUGUUUUAAUUUUUUGGGACUUGUUUGAAAUACAAAAAACG